AGCUAUGCUUGAGCCUCCAUCUAUCUCAUUUUCAGCUGGCUACAACACUUUCCUCACUGGAGAACCAGUCCUUCUCAAAUGCAAGGCUCCAGAUAACAUAUCAGUUCAUGGGUACAUGUUCUACAGAGACGAUCAUGAGGUGCAGAGCAUUGUGGGACCACAUGGAAACAUUUUCCAGAUAAAUAUGGUGAACAUGGACAAGAGAGGAUCCUAUACCUGUAUAUAUUUGGUGUUGGACUCCAGAGGGCUUUGGAAAUCUAGGCAGAGUCCUCCUGUAUUUCUCUAUGUCUUAGGUAAGAAAGACCGAAUUUACUUAAAACAGAUGUUUAGGUAGUAAGGACUUGGUAUUUGCGUCACUAUAAUUUAAAGAAUACAGAAAUACAUAAUAACAACAGAGCCAUACAAAUUUCAUACCAAACAUAAAAGUAUUAAUACAAUUGUAUUGCAAUGGCUGGGGGAGAAGCUAAGGAGAUUUAUACUUAGAUAAGGCUCUACCUUUGGAUGCUUUAUGGGUCCAUCUUCAGCUCUUGGUGUUUCCUCUGCCAGGACCCUGUAUCAGUACAAAACAAAGUUCUAUUGGAGAACAUGCAAAACUUUGUGUGGAAUUUCUUGUGCAAGAAUAUGCAUUUUACCACAACAGUUGCUUAGGGCAGCAGCUUGGAAAUGACAAUGGAUGUUACUUUGAAGCUUCAAAAUAGUCUAUGAAUGUUUCCAUGUUCCAAGAAGCAUAUUUAUCCACUAGAAAUCAGAUUGUAUUAAAUUUGAAUUUAGUAAAAUGUGCCUCAGUAUAUGGUUUUCUAAAUGUUUAUAUUUAUAAUUUACAUAUUUGUUGAUGAAGAUACAAUUUUGUUUAUAGAUCAGCCUUCCACACCUAGAAUAUUAUUCAACCCAAAACAGCAGCUUUACUUUGAAGGGGAGUCUGUAACCCUCUUGUGUGACCACCCACAUGCUAAUUCCCAGACUCGGUACAAUUUUUAUAAAGAUGGCACUGAGUUACUGAGCUAUAUUGAUGUAAUCCACUCUAAACUCCAAUUUUCAAGUCUGAGCACAAAGGAUUCUGGGACAUAUUACUGCCAGUACUGGUUAUUGCCAAAUCAAAGAAAGGUCACUUCAUCUAGAAGCAAGGGAGAAGAGUUUGUUGUUACAGGUAAGUGACCCUUGAAUGCAUUAAUAUGUCUGUGCCCUGCCCUUCCUGAUUCUGUACGUUAAAGCGGCACUGUCUUGCCGAACUUACCUUUCCUCAAUCUCUUCCUCUUCUCCACCUCUCUCAGAAUCUGUUCUUCUUUUCUUCCUGUCUUCUUUAGUUUUCUUUAAAAUCAUAAGACAAAGUAGGGACUCUUUGCCUUAUGGAGGUUUCCUCCGCUUGACCAGCUUUGACCAGCGGAGGAGCAAACUGUGCUUCAUUUCCGCUGGUCAGAGCAAUUUUCCCAUAAUUCUUACCUCUCCUCUGUGAUCUCGCGAUGCUUCCUGUCAUUUUAGAAGAAACUGCCGAAUUGCGUUCUAACUGAACGAGAACAGUAUGUUUGUUUGUUUUAGAACUCAAUUCGGCACUUUGUUCGUAUUGGAAUUUCAUUCGAAUGAAUGAAACUCUGAUUCAAUUUGUGCCACGACUGCAAGAUGCAGGGAGUUAUCUUCCAAAAGGCUGAAAGACCUAAAUUGGUCUAUCAGCCACAUUUACUAAUACUAAGUAAAGAUUACUUAGUAUUAGUAAAUUCAGCCCCUACUCGCUAUACCGUGAGUAGGGGCAUGUCUAGUAAACAGUGAGCAGCCAGUGGGGGCCAUAAUGGACAAUCGGGGGGGGGGACCUACUGUCCUCCCCCACUGGCCCCAACCCCUGCACGAUGGGUGGGGACCAUAAAUUACAAUGGGUGGGACCUACAGUCCUGGCCCCAGGCCCCCACCCCUGGGCGGUGGGUCGGGGCCAUAAAGAUAAUGAGGGGGGGCUGCUCACUGUUUAGUAUACAUGCCCCUACUCGCGUAUAGCGAAUAGGAGCAUUUGGGAGAUUUGAAUUUCCCUUAUGCUAUUAUGGGGGUCAUAUUGAGGACAUGGGGGGUUCAGGAAGUGGUGGGGAGCACUGCUCCCUGCCGCUUCUAUCUUUAUAUAUUACAAGGAGGUAGCUGCGCGCCGGUAGCUCCCUCCUUGUAAUAAACUGCACAAACAAACAAACACUGAUAUUCAGUGUUUGUUUUGUUCGUCUGACAAUGCUAUUCAUUCAUUCGUCUUUCUGACGAAUUAAUGAAUGAAUGGAUGAAAUUCACGUUCGGAUGUCCAAGUGUUUGACUGGGCAUGUGCGGGAAUCUCAGUCUGUCUAGUGUGGGCAGAUGACGUGUCCCACAGGGACUUCCCCUACCCACACAAGGAUGGCGGCGCCCUGAAUAUAGAUUGGGGCAGAAAAUGAAGAAUAAAAAUAGGUAAUAUGGGGGGCUUAGGGGCAUUUGGGGGUGACUAGGGGGUCAGUUAGAUGUAGUGGAGUCAGGAGGGGGGUUAAAAAUAGAACGGGAUUCAGCCAUGAUAGUGCCGCUUUAACUCUGUAUAUGUGACUCCUGGCUUGCAAUACUAAUUACAAUUCUCGAUCAACUGCCAUUGGUGUGAUCUUAAUAGUUCUACACCUCUUAUUGAAUUACACUCAUCUGUCAUUUUUGCUAAUUAACAAUGGUUCCAAAUCGUCAAGCUUUUUUGUUUUUGUCUGCAUUACCAUAGUUUGUGUUAGCUUAAGUACUACCAAAAUUUACAUUGGAGUUUGUGUUUAUUACAAAAUCGUGUAAGGGAAGUGGUGGUUUGCAUUGGAUUAGCUUUUUUCUGUGACUGGAUUCUAACUCUACAAGCUAGAGCAAUAAAUACUCACAGGAAAGAAAACACAAUUAUUAAGUGGUAAGAGAGACAUUUAAGAUUUAACAUUUAAGAGUGGAAAUUAAUUAUGACCAACUGCAGCAAUGUCAAAGCAAUUUGGCUAUAUGACUGAGCAUGCUUUCCCCAUGGCUAUUUUACUUUCUUGUACUUAGAGUUGAUUCAGGGCCAUAAACCUUUAGGCGACCUGUGUGAAUAAUAUGCACAGCACCCCAUGGCCCUUUUCCUGUUUGGCCACACCCCAUGCCCUGCUGGUGGCUAGUGCCAGUGUUUGUAGUGUUGGUAUGUGUGAAUUCAGAGUAUGACAUCUGAGUAUCACAAUUGUAAAUAUGUGGAUGUUGUAAAUAAUUUUUGGAUGUGGCCUGCAGAGCCAGAAAAUGUGCAUACAUUUUAUUUUUGGAACUAACUAAUUUUCCCUUUCCUCACAGUUUUUGUCUCCUCAUAUUCUCACAUAUCUUUAUCCCUUAUAUCUGCCUAUUUGCCUCUCCUACAUUACUUCCCAAUGUGUGUCUCCCCAUCUCUUACCUAUGUUUGUAUUUCUGCACAUAUCCCCAUUGUCUGUUUUCAUCCAUCUUUUCAUCUUGUCAGAUCUGGAGGCCAAGCAGAUGUGAUGGCUAUUGAUCUUUAUGGGCUCUUUAGUGGCAGCUAUUCUCUGUGUUGAAACAGGGAGAAUGAACAUAACUCUCCACCCAUAUCACGCUCUGUCUUUACAUCAGAAAAGUCCUUCAUGGAAGUGGGCAGCCAGUUUUCAGCCUCAAUGUGGCCAAGAUUGACCAAGAGAUGUGUGGCGGAACCUACUGACAAUUUCGUAUAUUUUGCCCCCUUUCGUGUGUUUUUUUUCCCUUUUCUGUUCGGAAGUUGUUAUAUAUAAACGAAGACCACCCCUGUACCCCAUUAGAACGUUCACACCAGAAACCUAAGUGCGAAACCGCAAGGGAAGUAAUUAAUGAAUGCUUCCCCUGGGUGGCCGCCAUUUUGUAUAACCAAAUGCACGCGGUCAAGAAAAGAAUCGGGGGCAUCUUGUCUCCUGAACGUGGGCAGUGGCACUUAGUCGUCGAGUGUCUGGAACUCUUUUUGGCUAGGCACUCGCACAAACCCCAGUAAAGAUUAGACCACUGCCCGUUCUACUUCCUGACCAACUAUGCAAAUGACGUUCGGGAGAUAUGAACAGGGGGAACAUUUGUACCUUGAAACUAAGAGAUUUCCUUGCAUGGUGUUUGCACAGGAACCCCAGAAUAGAGAACGACCAGGACACCUAUUUCCCUGGAACUGUUUUGGGCUAGAAUCUCGUGUCCGGCAGGUCAAAACUUUACCCCGGUGGCAUUCCAGUUUCACCAAACCGAUCUGAGUGAUAUUUGAAUAUGUUAUACACUCAAAUCAGGGCUAUACAGGGAUACAAUUUUUGUGGGGUCACUUUUAGGGUACUGUAUAUUUUGGAUAGAUUUUCUGUAUCUGAGAGAUUUUUCUCACGCAAUCUCUCAGGCACAGAUGAUCUUGGGAUUGAAACCCCUGUGUUAAUAUAUUAGAGACCCCAUGUAGAGGUCUGUGCAUAAAAGCCAUGUGUUGCCAGAAUAAAAUAAAUUGACUCCCAGAGUUACUGGGGGAAUGGAUGUAUGCAUGUUUUAAUGGUUACAGAGUAGCUGAGGGUAAUAUUUCCAAUAUUUGUGAAUUCCAAUGAUUUUGUACACUGAAACGAUAUAUACAUAUUUCUAUGUGCAAAUCUUAGCCAACAGUUUAGUAUACCAUUCUCUAAGAUAAUUAUCACACCAAAUCACCACAAUCAGUUUUAAUCAGUUGGAACUGUAUUUAAAUCAUGUUGUAUCGAAGAAUCUUCAUCCUGUCUCUGAGGAAGUGGGCUGACACCCACGAAACACGUUAGACCACAACAAACCAAGCGGGGUACGGACGCAGAUUACAGAGCCAGUCACUGUGCUUUCUUCUAUCCAACAAAGAGCACUCCGAGAUCAAGGGACCAACCGGCCAGCAGCGUGCAUCACCCAGAGUGACGUCUGGGACGCACGCCAACCUCACGAGCAGCCGGCAGAGAGUGAUUCAUUUCACAGCAACAAAGUAUCUACAUCCAUCCUGAUCGAUCCCUGUGGCAAAAUCGGAAUCACAAAUACAGAUGUGCUGGUAAUAAUCUUGCAAACCGUCCCUAACUGAUAUUUUGAUAUUUUUUAUACACUUUUUCUAAUAAAUUUUUUAUUAUUUUUAAUUUUAUUGGAUUUUAUUGGAUUUCACUGAUUUUAUUAUAUUAUGGAAUACAGUCACCUAUACUGUAUCUCUACUUUAUAAAGUUUAUAUCUUUACAUCUUUGUAAUACAAAGUAUAUCAUUUGGCAUAUACUCCACUUAUUUCUGUGUUUACAGAUUUAAAGACGUAUACGCCAUAUAUUUUCUGUGUCAUUACACACUAAUGUCACACUAAUUCUUUACAAUAUAGGAAGCAAUUUCUCAUACUGCUUCCACACACACAAAGUGGUUUUAAUUUUUCUUUUUCACAAAGUAUAAUAUUUGACGUGUACCAGAUUUACUCUGUUUUUAACAGAUUUAAAGGUAUACACAUCACACAUACCAGUGUUGCUUGAAUUAUAUGUAGUGAAUUUCAACCAAAGCCUUUUUAGUGAACCAGCUCCUGGAUCCACCACACUGGACUUACGGUGUUAACUCUAUUACUUCAAAGAAAUCAUGAAGUUUAGUGUGUAAUGCUUCCAGACUUCUUACUUCACAGACUUCAGGCUGAAUUCCAUAAACUCCUGCUGCCUUGCCACUUUUCAGCUGUUUAACCUGACCCGACCUGGCAGCAGCUCUCGUUCCAGGCAGGUAGUGUCCCUUCUGCCUAUUCUGCUGUAGCCCUUCUUACAGUGAUUAUAGUGUUUGCCUUUACAAAGGCACUUGCGGCUCUCAGGCCUACCUCCCUUGACUUAUCCCAGGGCUGGAGGGAUCCUUCAGCCAGCAAACAGGUCCAAAGACUCUGUCACUGGGAACUCCCGUUACCUGAGGGACUCAGGGGAUUGGAGACUUCAACCGAGUGUGUUCCACAAGAUCACGCACUUAUGGGGACCUUUGAGUGUGGACCUGUUUGCGUCCAGACUGAACACACAACUGCAUAUGCCUUCCCUCCAUUCAACCUGAUUGCUCGUUGCCUGGCGUACCUCCGAUGCUUCAAGAGCUCGAUGGUCCUGAUAACCCCAUGUUGGAGGUCCCAACCUUGGUUUCCACACCUAAUGGAGAUGGCGAUCGAUCGCCCGCGGUUACCAGAUCACCCAUCUCUCCUAACCAAUCCAGACGGGGAGAGUCACACUCUGAUAGAAUAAGGGCUCCUCCGUCUCAUGGCGUGGCUCCUUUCUGGGGACCCUGGGAAAUUACAGAGGUUUCGAGCACAACUACACAACUCCUGGCAAACGCAUGGGCACCAGGAACAAGACAUGCCUAUACGGCGGCCUGGAGACAAUGGGCUAAUUGGUGCUUGGAACGAUCGUUGGAUCCUGUAUCAGCCUCUGUGAAAUCGGUGUUGGAUUUCCUGACACAUUUGUUCGAAUCAGGCAAAGCCUUUCGCACCAUCAACCUAUACCGUUCUGCAAUCUCGGCAGGCCAUGAUCACGUGGACGGACUCCCACUCGGACAGAACCCCUUAGUCUGUCGUCUACUUAAGGGUGUUCGUUUCUCACGUCCUCCUACAUCUAGAUAUGGAUCCUUUUGUGAUGUCAACUCGGUAUUCAAGCUCCUAGACGAUGGCCCCCUAACUCAGAAUUGUCAUUAAAACAAUUAUUGGCAAAAUUGCUUAUGCUGUUUUUUCUUUUAUCCUGUAAGCGAGUGUCUGACGUAAGAGCUUUGGAUUGGCAGGCCCGUAUGUUCACUCCGGAAGGAGUGUCAUUCGAUAUCUCGCGGAGAACAAAAUCAGCAACUCGACAGGUUUUCUACCCGAGAAUCACAAAUCUACCCAAUUUAUGCCCCAUACUGUAUCUAAAAGAAUACGAAUCUCGCACGUCUGCUCUACGCCCAGCUAAUGACGGACCUCUGUUUAUCUCGCUGAAGAAAACACAUCUUCCGGUAUCUACUCCAAUGCUCGCGUGUUGGGUCAAAUGGUUAUUUGCUUGCGGCCGGGAUAGAUGUCUCGGUGUUCUCAUCCCACUCCGUCAGAGGCACUAUGGCCUCUAAGGCAUUGGCGAUUGGAUGUCGGUUGGAAGACAUCUUGAAGGCUGCAGAUUGGUCUAUGGAAUCCACAUUCCGGAACUUUUAUUUUAAACCUAUCCAACAUUUUUCAGAUAAGAUUAUAGCUCAGCUUUGAAAUAGCAUAAUAGGAGCCUCCGUGUCUUUAAUAAAAUUCCAAGAUUUUACUAUUAACAUGACGUAAAGUCAUGAUUUUAUUAAUGACAUGGAGGCGAGUAUUAUUCCCACCCUCCCUCCCUGGGUGGAGUUGGUGGGGUUUCACAUGCCGGUCAGGAUUAGAUUGAGUCUGCCUCUAUCCUCAUACCUCACAUGUUGGAUCUUCCCUGUUUUUAUUAUCGGAUUUUGAAUAUCAAGACUAGAUUAUCAUGCUAAUUUUAUAAUAUGUUUUUCAUGUCUGAUGUUAUGACUGGAUUUUCUCCAGACCUAGGUAACCAAAUAUAUGCUGGGGUAUGUGGUAUGUACUAUACAGAAAUCUUAAGUUCAACAUAACCUUUAUAGUAGGGUGUAUUAUUUAUGCGCUUAUUCAGUAUUCAAAGUUUAAAAAUGAGGAGAAAUACGUGCCUACGGGUAUGCAACAUGACAUUGUGACGUGUGAUUAACUUAUAUCCAUACGAUUACUUAUAUCACAUUUUCAUUUGCUUUACAUCAUGUAUGAUCAGUUUAUAACCAUACGAUUACCCAUAGCACAUUUUCACUUGCUACUCACAGGCUGUAGGAGCGUUUACUACUACAUUAUGUACGAUAACUGCUCAAGAUAUGAGUGACCCUUUCUUAAGCAUCCAGGAGUGGGUUGAAUUACAGACACCUGCAUUUCACUAGAUUAAACAUUAAUUUACCUCUAACGAUUCUUGAAUAAGAAGGUAAAGUUAAUGAACGUGCCCUGGGACAUAAAGCUCAGAGGUAGACAAACUGCAAAUCUAUUAAUGAUUAGAGAGUAUACCAACGUAACCGUCCUGGCUGGGAUCAAGGUAGUGUCAGAGUUUAUGGUUUCCUGGCCGGUGAGCCCGCCAUCUGCCAUUCCGCUUGAAGUCUUCUCGGGGAAGUUCCAUCUGAGUUUUCUUGGAGGUUGGUAGUGUUGAUCCAUAGACCCCAGGCUGUAAGUAAUUUCAUUCCUUCAGCUGGUUCGUUGACUACUUGGGUUUUCCCUUGACACCAGAUUAUCAGUUUGGUGGGGUAGCCCCACCUGUAUGCCACUUUAUGAUUUCACAAUGUCUUAGUGAUAGAAACAAAUUCUUUACGUCUUGCCGUCGGGGUUGAUGACAGAUCUGCAAAUAGCGCUAUCCGUUGGUGAGGGUCAGGAAGUGUGAGUAGCUUUCUCGCUGCUGCCAAUAGAGUUUCUUUAUGAGCAAAGCAGUGAAACCUUACAAUAACAUCUUUUGGGACAUCAUUAUAUAAGUGGGCUGGUCUUGGAAGGCUAUGCAUGCGAUCAAAAGCCCACGCGGAGUCUGGUAGGCCUGGGACUAGGGAUUUACAUAUUGAGAGAAUGUAGGCUGGUAGAGCAUCAUGGGAGAUAUCAUCAGGUAUACCUCUGAAGCGGACAUUUUUUCAUCUUGAUCUAUCUUCCAUGUCAGCUAAUUUUAAUUUAAGCUAACAUUUUCUUCUGAUAAUUUCUGUAUUUUGUCUACAACCUCAUUGUGGGCAACGCAUAGUUCUUCCAUCCUGUUUUCCAGGUGGCUGGUUCUGUCGCUGAGGUUAGAGAUUUCUUUUCUCAAGUCUCCGUCAAUGCAGUGAAAGUCCAUCGUAAUGGUGGUUCGGAGUUCUUGGAGCAUCUUGUGAAGGCUAAGCUCCGUGACAGGUGAAUCUGUGUAUUUGGAGGAUCCUGAAUCAUAGUCAGAUUGACCGUCCAACAUAUUAAAUGUAUCGUCGCCAUCUUGGUUUUCCUUACGAUGCUCGGUUUUCUUCAUUUUCAACGUUUCUGACUGUGACAGAACCAUCUGUCUGUCUAUUGUGGUGGAUUCGUCUAUUUCUGCCCAUUCGUGUAAAUGGCUGUUUCUAUAGCUCAGCCAUACGAAUGACUCUUUUUUUUACCGAACAAAUCUACCGAACGGAUGGCCACCCAGGAUAGAAGUGUGCUGCUGGUUGACCUCUUGAUCCCAAUUAGAACGUUGUGGUUAACCGCAGACACUUCUCAAUUAAACCGAAUUCAGGGUGGCCGUCGUUCGUAUGUCGACCACGAGGCAGCGGCCAUUUUAAAACACACGAAAGACCAGCGGUGUUCGGCACUGAUUUCAUGGAACUAAAAACUGACACUUUUUCUGCCGAACACCGCUGAAACAACGGGUCGUCUGGCUGCCCUGACGAAAGCAUACGAACACCGGCCGUUCGGGAGUUUUACAUCACACGAAAAGACUUUACCCAGAUAGCCUUCCCAUGGAGUCAAUCACAUACCGAAAGACUGUAAGGACUUUGAUUCCAUGGCGAUUGAACAAUGUGUGUGGGAUCUGAGCGCUAUUCGCCAAUAAUAUGCCCUCAGAUCCAGGCUAUCUGGGGAUAUGUGAUACGAAUGUGAAAUGUUCGGUAGUUGUGAAGUUAUAUGUUUUUAUGUAUUUUCUGGUAUUUUAUUUAAGAUGGCGAUUUGUCCUUGUCAAACAAGCUUUUCCCACAAUGCAGUAUGGUUUCCUCCCCUCUGCCCUGGAGAUAAUUGGGAAGUAAUUCAAUUAUCUCCAGGGCAGAGGGGAGGAAACCAUACUGCAUUGUGGGAAAAGCUUGUGACUGUAUGUCUGUUAUGUCCUCAUGUCCAUCUGUAAUUCCAGUCUCCCAUUUGGUCCCCAAGGGGAGUGUCCACCAAGUGGGAGACCUGCAUAAAUACGGGCGGGUAGCCCACAGUAAAGCCAGAUCCUGUUUGACCCUCAAUGCGGAGCUUUUGUCUCGUUAUUGGGGGGAUUUCUUAUUGAUGCCUAGAGACUGAUUAUUGGAACCGAAAGCAGCUUGGUGGAUAUCUUUGUUCGGCGAUUAGCGGCGGUUCAUGGAUUUCUGUUCGGGAGUUUCUAGCCUUUCACAGAUCCCAGUCGGGAGAUUACCGCUUCCCCUGAUGGUGGUUUGUAUACUGCAGUCUAUGCGAAUGGAGUUACUGAUAUUGCGAAAGGGGAAGGUUAACUAAACGGUGGUUUCCCUUAAAGACACCAGGGGUGUCUUAACAAUUGGUGGCAAGCGACGGGAUGAAUCCCACAGCACAGAAGGUCAGCUACACAUCCCAAUUUGGUGGAGGAAAUGCAGUAUGAGGAAUUAAGGCGUGCUACCCUUAAAGACAUACUUGAAUGCCGAGGACGGUCAGCAAGCAAUUAUUGCUUUGCUACUGGAGAUGGAUGCAGCACAGGGAGUGGAGAGAGCUAAUGUACCCAGCAUUUUGUAUUUAACCCCCGAGGAAAUACAAUUCAACCGGGCAGUCCAGAUAAGGCUGGCACACUUUGGCCCCAACCCCUGAGCAGACAUUGUAGAAUGGGUGCAGGCAGCAGUGAUGGCACACCAGGCGCUCCGGGAAAGAGGAGCUGCAGCAGUAGAGGUACCCAAUAACAAUUUUGGAAGGAAACAUUUUAUUGAGACAGAGGGAGAGAUUGACAGGUUCCUGGCUGACUUUCAAAGACAGUGUGCCCUACACCAGGUACCCGCAGACGAAUGGGUCACCAUCCUCAAUGGGAAAUUAUCCGGCCGGGCUAGUGAAGCAUUUUGGGCCAUCCCAGCUACCUAGUGGUGAAAGAUGCGCUCUUAGCCAGGUAUGCGGUGACCCCAGAAGCAUACAGGCGACGAUUUAGGGAGACUAACAAACAGGUUGGCAACUCCUAUGUAGAGUGGGCCUGCAGAGUCCACCUCACAAGAGGUGCUGCAGGUGUUCUUGCUGGAACACUGCUUCGACAGACUACCUGCCAGGGUCAGAGAGUGGGUCAGAGAUAGAAAACCCUCUACCCUAUAUACAGAUGCCCACAGAAUAUACAGAUGCCCGCAAAUUGGACAGUACAGCUACCAAGGUUCCUGCCAGAAUGGAGUACCGGCCGACAGCAACCCCAGCACCAACAGCAUACCAACCACCAGUACACCGCACUCCAGCAGUACCGCCAGCAAACAAUUACCCGCAACCCUCCCGGUUCAAUGCCCACUGAACGGUGCUAAUCAAGCGCAGUCCUGGAGGAGACCAGCCAACGGGAAUCAGCGGCCACCUCAACCUGCUGCUCACUGUAUCGAGCAGGAGGAAUUCUGGGGAAUACUACACGAGGCCGACCCAGUGCAAGCAGCUCAUCAGGACAACCGUCAGCAACACCGGCAGACUGUGAAGCUGAAUGGCAGAGUGGUGAACGGUCUGAGAGACACAGGAGCCACUAUGACACUGCUCCAAAAGAACCUAGUCUCGGAACACCAGCAAACUGGAGACACUGUGGCAGUGAGGGUAGCAGGAGGCGCCGUGUUCAGCUUACCUGUUGCCCGGGUCCAUUUGGAUUGGGGAGUGGGCGCUAGACAUGUGGAUGUGGGGGUUAUGAAAGACUUGCCCGCUGAUGUUCUUCUUGGGAACCAUUUGGCCCCUUUGGUUUCUGCUUAUGCCCCGAUGGGCCCUGCUGACGUUAACCCAGUGACUACUCGUGCCCAGACCCGUGCUUCUGGAACCGGCUCGCCUGCUGAUGAGACCCAGGUAAGACCCUCUUCCCCGACUGGUACCCUAGAUCAGGCCCCCUUAAGCUGGGAUUCCCCAGAGGAGUUUGGUAGGGAAACCCGGGCGGAUCCGACACUCCAGAAGUACAGGGAUAGAGCAGAUGCUGGAGAGUAAGGAAUUGAUGGGGAGCGGUAUGAGUGUCUGUCUGGGGAACAGGCUCUAUAUGAUCCCUAAGCCUAGCCCCUCUGCCGAAUCGACAGCUAGUGGUACCUGCAAAAUACUGGCAGGAGAUUCUGUGGAUCGGGCAUGAUGUUCCGUUAGCUGGACAUCUAGGGUCCCACCGCACAGCCUAUAGGAUCUCACAGAAUUUCUUUUGGCCCAACUUUAACCAGGCUGUGCGGAUGUAUUGUAGUACGUGCGACACAUGUCAAUGGGUAGGAAAGCGGGGGGACCACCCUAAGGCUAGGUUAUUAUCGAUGCCUAUUAUAGGGGAGCCCUUUUCCCGCAUAGCUGUUGACCUUGUGGGUCCACUGGCCAGGGCUAGUCCCUCCGGUAAGAAAUAUAUUCUUACUGUGGUGGACUAUGCCACACGCUAUCCAGAGGCAGUAGCACUGUCUAAUAUAGAGGCAGAGAUGGUUGCUGAUGCCCUGGUCAGAAUUUUCACUAGGGUUGGGUUCCCUAAGGAGAUCCUCUCCGAUCAGGGAACCCAAUUCACCGCUGUGCUCAUUCAGCAGCUGUGGAGGAUGUGUGGCAUUAAACCAUUGCUUAGCUCACCAUACCAUCCACAGACUAAUGGUCUCUGCGAGCGCUUUAACGUACCCUCAAGCAGAUGCUGAGGACCUUUACAGAUACUUGCAGAGACUGGGAGAGGUUGUUUUCUUACAGAGAGGUGCCCCAGGAAUCUACUGGGUUCUCCCCCUUUGAGUUGCUCUAUGGGAGAAGGUUUCUCAGACCCCUAGAUCUCAUUAGGGGCCACUGGGAGGGGAGACGGAGCAGGAGGGGAUCCCCAUAGUGCCAGAUGUCCUGGAACUCCGGGACCGCAUGGAGAAAGUGUCCCUGAUGGUAAGGGAGAAUCUCCAGGCGGCCCAGGGGAGACAGAAGAGGUGGUACAAUCAGGGUGCCCGACAGCGGGUCUUCCAGGUUGGGCAGAAGGUAUUAGUGCUCAAACCUGUGAAGGCAAACAAGAUGCAAGUAUCUUGGCAGGGCCCGUACCGAGUAGUAGCGCAGAUCUGCGAUACUACUUACUUUAUAGCCAGCUGUACAGAUGAAAGGGUUCAGAGAUCCUUUCAUGUGAACAUGCUGAAGGAGUACCAGGAGAGACCUGAGAAUAUUGCAGCAGUAUGUGCCCCGGCUGCAGAUGAUCCUGAGAAUUUACCCCUUCCCGAUUUGUUAGAAAGGGACCCCCAGACUGACCUCACUACCCUUGUACAACUAGGGGACAGGUUAAACCCCACAGAAAGGGUACAGGCGAAGCAGUUGUUAUGGGAGAAGCAGGCGACGUUCUCCCAGGAGCCAGGUUAUACUACCCUAGCUGUACAUAAGGUUGAGACCCCUGGACAGACCCACUUACGACAGCCGCCAUAUCGUAUCCCUGAAGCAGUCCGAGAAGGAAUGCGGAAGGAGAUACAGGAGAUUACCCAGCUUGGGGUCAUCGAGCCCUCCGACAGCCCUUGGGCCUCGCCUGUAGUCCUGGUGCCCAAGAAGGACGGGACCACCCGGUUCUGUGUGGACUACAGGCGACUCAAUGAGCGGACCACCACUGACGCCUACCCGAUGCCCCGGGUAGACGAAUUACUGGAUCGUAUUGCCAGGGGAUGCUAUCCCCAAGUCGGCAUUCGUCACCCCAUUUGGCCUGUACCAAUUUAAGGUCAUGCCUUUUGGGAUGAAGAAUGCCCCGGCUACCUUCCAACGGAUGGUGGAUAGACUCCUGGAUGGCUUCCAAGAAUUUGCCUGUGCAUACUUGGACGACAUUGCGAUUUACAGUGGGUCCUGGGAGGAACACCUGGUUCAUGUAGGGGUGGUACUGGAUAAGAUUUGGGCCGCUGGCCUGACAUUGAAGCCAGAAAAGUGUCAUCUAGGUAAGGCUGAAGUACAGUACCUGGGUCACAGAGUGGGAUGUGGGAGCCAGAGACCAGAACCAGCCAAGGUCGAGGCAGUGGCUAACUGGCCUCAUACCUACCACUAAGACCCAGGUAUUGGCCUUCUUGGGUACGGCAGGGUACUACCGACGUUUUGCCCCUGACUACAGCACUAUUGCUAAGCCCCUGACAGACCUGACGAAGAAGAACUUGCCUAAGCAGGUCCUGUGGUCUCCGGCUUGUGAAGCUGCAUUCCAGGCACUGAAACAGGCGUUCCAGGCACUGAAACAGUCUUGGCUGCCCCCCUAACAAACGCUUUCUCGUUCACACAGAUGCUUCCAUGUAUGGACUGGGGGCUGUGCUGAGCCAAGUCGGGGAAGAUGGAGGAGAGCACCCUGUCGCAUAUCUCAGCCGAAAGUUGUUACCCAGAGAAGUGAGUUAUGCAGCAGUGGAGGAAGAGUUUUUGGCCUUGGUCUGGGCAUUGAAGAAGUUAAGUCCCUACUUAUACGGGCAAGAGUUUUCUCUUGUGACUGACCAUAACCCACUCGUCUGGCUUAAGCGGGUCUCAGGGGACAACGGUAGACUGCUGAGGUGGAGUUUCGCAGUAAGGCCUUACAAUUUCACUAUCAGCUACAGACCCGGUAAGCAGAACGGGAAUGCAGAUGGGUUAUCCCGGCAAACUGACAUCUCCACCACCUCCUAGUCCGGUCAUCCCCAAGUUGACCCGCCAAAGGGUCAAGCUGGGUCUGCCAGAGUGUCCCACAAGGAGGGAGCCGUGUGACAGAACCAUCUGUCUGUCUAUUGUGGUGGAUUCAUCUAUUUCUGCCCAUUCGUGUAAAUGGCUGUUUCUAUAGCCCAGCCAUACGAAUGACUCUUUUUUACCGAACAAAUCUACCGAACGGAUGGCCACCCAGGAUAGAAGUGUGCUGCUGGUUAACCUCUUGAUCCCAAUUAGAACGUUGUGGUUAACACCGGCCGUUCGGGAGUUUUACAUCACAUGAAAAGACUUUACCCAGAUAGCCUUCCCAUGGAGUCAAUCACAUACCGAAAGACUGUAAGGACUUUGACAUCAUGGCAAUAGAACUAUGUGUGUGGGAUCUGAGCGCUAUUCGCCAAUAAUAUGCCCUCAGAUCCAGGCUAUCUGGGGAUAUGUGAUACGAAUGUGAAAUGUUCGGUAGUUGUGAAGUUAUAUGUUUUUAUGUAUUUUCUGGUAUUUUAUUUAAGAUGGCGAUUUGUCCUUGUCCUGGAGAUAAUUGAAUUACUUCCCAAUUAUCUCCAGGGCAGAGGGGAGGAAACCAUACUGCAUUGUGGGAAAAGCUUGUGACUGUAUGUCUGUUAUGUCCUCAUGUCCAUCUGUAAAUUCCAGUCUCCCAUUUGGUCCCCUAGGGGAGUGUCCACCAAGUGGGAGACCUGCAUAAAUACGGGCGGGUAGCCCACAGUAAAGCCAGAUCCUGUUUGACCCUCAAUGUGGAGCUUUUGUCUCAUUAUUGGGGGGAUUUCUUAUUGAUGCCUAGAGACAGAUUAUUGGAACCGAAAGCAGCUUGGUGGAUAUCUUUGUUCGGCGAUUAGCGGCGGUUCGUGGAUUUCUGUUCGGGAGUUUGGAGUCUUUCACGGAUCCCGGUCGGAGAUUACUGCUCCCCUGAUGGUGGUUCGUAUACUGCAGUCUAUGCGAAUGGAGUUACUGAUAUUGCGAAAGGGGAAGGUUAACUAAACGGCGGUUUCCCUUAAAGACACCAGGGGUGUCUUAACACUGACAAUUUUAGUUGCUUGGAUGGCGGCAAAAUAUGACAAAAAAUGGACAAUGCCAUACAAGCUAUUAUUAACUUUGGAAAGUCAGCUUGGUUAAGCAAAACUGACAUCACAAAUGCUUUUAAACUACUACCAAUUCAUAAAUCACUCUGGCAUCUGAAUGGCGUUAAGUGGGAGAAUAAAUACUAUUUCGCGACUGUACUGACUUUUGGCUCCGAAAGUAGCCCAAAAAUCUUCGAUAUUUUCGCAGAAACCUUGAACUGGCUCUUACUUAACAAAAGCAGAUGUCCAGUAGUGGUUCACUAUCUUUAUGAUUUUCUUUCCAUUGAACCACACUACUACACACCAUACAGUCUACAUUACACACUUUAUUUAAUUAAGAACCUGGGAGGAGUUCCCGUAGCCCCAGACAAAACAGAAGGUCCCAGCACCAAAAUAACUUUCCUGAGUAUCACGCUAAAUUCAGUAUCCAUGCAAGCUAGCCUACCUCAGGAAAAGGUAGACAGGAUUUUAAUCUUUAUUGAAGUCUGUGCCACUCAUUGGUCUUGCACCAGGAAGGAAUUACACUCACUUUUCAUGGGUUAUAGUAUGGGCACAGGGCUCCCUCCUGUCACUCCCUCCCUGUAGCAUGGCCGAGACCUCUAUUGGUCCACGGGUACAGGAAACAAAAGCUCCCUGUACCCGCGGACUAUGAUACAGGGCUCAGCCACGCUACAACUGAGGUAGGGGGGGAGGGGAACAUGAAAUUGGGAAGGGGGGGAGAAAGAGAGUGACAAGUGGGGGGGAGAAAGAGAGUGACAAGUGGGGGGGGAGAGAGAUUGACAUCCAUCACACACACAUAAUCACACACAAUGCAACCCUUGCACACAGAAAAACACACAAUGCAUUACACACACAAAAACACAUACACAAGCAAUGCAACCCUUACACAUAAUGCAUCCCUUACACACAGAGAAACACACAAUGCAUUCAUUACACACACUCAUGCAUCCCUUACAGACACACACACUGCAUCCCGUACAUACACAGAAACACACCUUGCAGCCCUUACACAUACAAACACAGAUUCACACAAUGUAUUCCUUACACACAUAUCAGGACAUCCCCUACACACUCCACCCCCUGUGAACAAACUCAUUGGUGGAACAUGAAGAUGGACCCUGGGACCCAGACCUUGAGCUGUGUAAAGGGCCCCCCAAAAAAUGGAGCUGCUUCCCAUUCUCCCAGAACAUUGAUUUUGUGACCACAGUAACAAACAGCCUCCAUAGAUCCUGUUCUACACCAGACCAGUGGAGCCAGACUGCAGCUAGAGCCCAUCAUCAUCCUCAUCUGGUUGUAAGAAGGCAAUCUAGUAUAUUAUUCGUGGCACUAAUCUCUAAUUUACCUCACAUUAAAGAAACACUAUAGUCCCCAGAACCACUGCAGCUUAAUGUGUCUGGUGUCUAUAGCCUGUCCCUGCAGGCCUUUUAAUGUAAACACGGCGGCACUGCAGCACUGACUGCAGCACUGGCAUUAGUUAACAUGGCAGAUCAUAUGGGUGGGGCAUUGUGAUGUCACAUGGGGGGGCGGCAAACUUUACUUUGCCUAGGGCGGCACAAAUCCUUGCACCGGCCCUGUAUGGGCAGGUGUAUGUUAUGGACAAUGAACACAGGUGCAUUUUAUUGAUGGCAUUUUGAAUGCACAGAGAUACCGCGACGAGAUCCUGAGGCUCGUUGUUGUUCCAUACACGACCAUCACCACAUGUUGCAGCAUGAUAAUGUACGGCCUCAUGAUGCAAGGAUCUGUACACAAUCCUGGAAGCUGAAAACAUCCCAGUUCUUGCAUGGCCAGCAUACUCAAUGGACAUAUCACCCGUGUUUGAGGUGCUCUGGAUCGGCGUAUAUGACAGCGUGUUCCAGGGCCUGCCAAUAUCCAGCAACUUCGCACAGCCAUUGAAGAGGAGUGGACCAACAUUCCACAGGCCACAAUCAACAACCUCAUCAACUCUAUGUGAAGAAGAUGUGUUGCACUGAGUGAGGCAAGUGGUCACACCAGAUACUGACUGAUGGACCCCCAGACCCCUCCAAUACAGACCCCUCCAAUACAAUAAAACUGCACAAUAUUAUGGCCUACCUAAGGCACACCUAAGGCAAUAAUCAUGCUGUCUAACCAGCAUCUUGAUAUGCCACAUCUGUGAGGUGGAUGAAUGAUCUUGGCAAAGGAGAAGUGCUUUGAGAGUACUAGGCCUUUUGUGUACAUAGAAAAAUUCUUAGAUCUUUGGGUUCAGCUCAUGAAAAAUGGGGGCAAAAUCAAAAGUGUUGCAUUUAUAAUUUUGCUCAGUGUAUAUAUGUGUAUAUGUAUGUGUGUGUGUGUGUGUGUGUGUGUGUGUGUGUGUAUGUAUGUAUGUAUAUAUAUAUAUAUAUAUAUAUAUAUACAGGGAGUGCAGAAUUAUUAGGCAAGUUGUAUUUUUGAGGAUUAAUUUUAUUAUUGAACAACAACCAUGUUCUCAAUGAACCCAAAAAACUCAUUAAUAUCAAAGCUGAAUAUUUUUGGAAGUAGUUUUUAGUUUGUUUUUAGUUAUAGCUAUGUUAGGGGGAUAUCUGUGUGUGCAGGUGACUAUUACUGUGCAUAAUUAUUAGGCAACUUAACAAAAAACAAAUAUAUACCCAUUUCAAUUAUUUAUUAUUACCAGUGAAACCAAUAUAACAUCUCAACAUUCACAAAUAUACAUUUCUGACAUUCAAAAACAAAACAAAAACAAAUCAGUGACCAAUAUAGCCACCUUUCUUUGCAAGGACACUCAAAAGCCUGCCAUCCAUGGAUUCUGUCAGUGUUUUGAUCUGUUCACCAUCAACAUUGCGUGCAGCAGCAACCACAGCCUCCCAGACACUGUUCAGAGAGGUGUACUGUUUUCCCUCCUUGUAAAUCUCACAUUUGAUGAUGGACCACAGGUUCUCAAUGGGGUUCAGAUCAGGUGAACAAGGAGGCCAUGUCAUUAGAUUUUCUUCUUUUAUACCCUUUCUUGCCAGCCACGCUGUGGAGUACUUGGACGCGUGUGAUGGAGCAUUGUCCUGCAUGAAAAUCAUGUUUUUCUUGAAGGAUGCAGACUUCUUCCUGUAGUCUGGGAGUUGAGCUUGACUCCAUCCUCAACCCGAAAAGGCCCCACAAGCUCAUCUUUGAUCAUACCAGCCCAAACCAAUACUCCACAUCCACCUUGCUGGCGUCUGAGUCGGACUGGAGCUCUCUGCCCUUUACCAAUCCAGCCACGGGCCCAUCCAUCUGGCCCAUCAAGACUCACUCUCAUUUCAUCAGUCCAUAAAACCUUAGAAAAAUCAGUCUUGAGAUAUUUCUUGGCCCAGUCUUGACGUUUCAGCUUGUGUGUCUUGUUCAGUGGUGGUCGUCUUUCAGCCUUUCUUACCUUGGCCAUGUCUCUGAGUAUUGCACACCUUGUGCUUUUGGGGACUCCAGUGAUGUUGCAGCUCUGAAAUAUGGCCAAACUGGUGGCAAGUGGCAUCGUGGCAGCUGCACGCUUGACUUUUUUCAGUUCAUGGGCAGUUAUUUUGCGCCUUGGUUUUUCCACACGCUUCUUGCGACCCUGUUGACUAUUUUGAAUGAAACGCUUGAUUGUUCGAUGAUCACGCUUCAGAAGCUUUGCAAUUUUAAGAGUGCUGCAUCCCUCUGCAAGAUAUCUCACUAUUUUUGACUUUUCUGAGCCUGUCAAGUCCUUCUUUUGACCCAUUUUGCCAAAGGAAAGGAAGUUGCCUAAUAAUUAUGCACACCUGAUAUAGGGUGUUGAUGUCAUUAGACCACACCCCUUCUCAUGACAGAGAUGCACAUCACCUAAUAUGCUUAAUUGGUAGUAGGCUUUCGAGCCUAUACAGCUUGGAGUAAGACAACAUGCAUAAAGAGGAUGAUGUGGUCAAAAUACUCAUUUGCCUAAUAAUUCUGCACUCCCUGUAUAUAUAUAUACCCCAAUAGAUGAAAAAUAUAGGCUGCACUCUCGGACUUGUAAUUUUCAAAUAAAAGUGCUUUAUUCCAUAGGUAAGAAAAAGCUAAGUUUUGGUCCACGCAGGGACCUUCAUCAGGAUCAAGUGACUCAAAACUUUUUAUUGUAUUGAGUCACUUGAUCCUGAUGAAUGUCCCUGCGUGGACCGAAACGGCGAGUCACUUUAUCCUGAUGAAGGUCCCUGCGUGGACCGAAACUUCGAUUUUCUUACUAAUGGAAUAAAGCACUUUUAUUUGAAAAUUACAAGUCCGAGAGUGCAGUCUACAUUUUUCAUCUGUUGGUAUGCAUUUAGAUCCCUAGAAGGAUUUGCACCCAGCAACCACACCACCGAAAAAAAGCAGUAGGUUAUUUAAGCGUGAGUGCAAGGAUUUACACUGUCAAUAUUAUAUAUAUAUAUAUAUAUAUAUAUAUAUAUAUAUAUAUAUUGUGAUAAAGUGAAGGCAGAUAGGCCUUUUAACCCCAGGGGAAGUACGUGUACUUUGUGUGUUGCACAACACAAAGCAUUGUUUAGUUAUGGGACCCUGGGGUGGAGCAUUUGGAGAGAAGGGUGGGCCAAUGCUCCACUCCACAGUUUAGUGGUUUUCUGGGGAGACAUAGAUCCAGGCCAGGGUUUUUUGGACCGUCUCCAACCCACUGCUCAGCUGCAGUUAUUGAGCUAUUGCAGUGUGAAUAAACCCCUCCCUGCUAGGCAGGUAAAGGGGAGGGAUUGCUGGCUUCCUCCCAGGAAGCAGGUAGGAGAGAGGCUUUUCUCUCCAGAUAGAGAGUCAAGGAGACUAGGCACUGGGAGUGCAGAAAGGAAGCAGUCAAGGCUGGCUUGGAGCACUGGUAGUGCAGGGGGAAGCAGUCAAGGCUGGCUUGGAGCACUGGGAGUGCAGAAAGGAAAGCAGUCAGGGCAAGGCUGGCUUGGAGCACUGGGAGUGCAGAAAGGAAAGCAACAGGCUAGCUAGCAGAGUGUUGCUAUCUAAUAAGGUUGGUGCAAUAUGUUUUGUUUAGUUUAAUCCUGAGAGAUAGGGAACCUAAUGUCAGUUAGUGCUCAGACGAGCUAGGUUUUUGUUUAUAGGGUUUUGUGUUACAUUUAUGUUUUAAUUUACUGCUGUAUCCUGUGUGGAUUUACAAAUAAAGUGCCUGUAGUAUAUGCAAGGACUGUGCCUGUUGUUUACCCUAGAGGACCGUGCUACCUGCUGACAAGGAUCACAAUAUAUAUAUAUAUAUAUAUAUACAUAUAUAUAUAUAUAGAUAGUGGGCACUAGUAGGUCUUAAUUAAUUGAAGAAAAUAGUUCUUUAUUUUUUAUGUAGCGUCAACCUGCUUUCAAUCCUUUCUCAAGACUUUUGAGAAAGGAUCAAAAGCAUUGAAAGCAGGCCCGAAAUGUUGACGCUACAAAUAAAAAACAACCCACGGAGGACAAUGGGGGAUUCUUCAGUUCCAUCACCCUGUCAUAAAUUUACGACGGCUGAACAGCUUCAUUGUCUACAGGCACUUCAAAGUGGAAGGCAUUCACCUCCUUCGAGACGUUAUUCAUCAGUUUACCCGUCUCAAUCUAAAAGAUUCAAAUCUGUCUGUUCUGAUGGAUCUAGAAAACAGACAAAGUUUUCUCUGAAAAGGCCAAUCCUACCAAUUCACAUGCCUUCCUUUCGGCCUCAGCUCAGCCCUCUGGUGCUUCACCAAGCUAUUGAAGCUGAUCACGGCACAUCGAUGAGCCAAAAGCAUACGCUGCCUUAUUUAUCUAGACAAUCUCUUACUACUCUGCAGCAGCAGCAUCUCCAGACUGCGAUCUCAGGCGCACUUUACAAUCUCCUUACUCGAGUCCUUAGUUUCCGUGGUCAAUCGAGAGAAAUAAGCUCUCUCUCCAUCCCAUGUGGUUCAGUUCCUGGGUUUCAAAAUAGACGCUUCCAAGUGUGUCCUCUGUCUCCCUCAAUUAAAAAUCUCAACAAUUUGGAAGGAACUCCACAGAACUUUACAUCUAGACUACAUUCUCAUUCGCACACUGGCAUGAAUUGUGGGGUUGCUCUCCGCCUCCAUACAGGGAAUUUACCCAGGACCACUACAUUACCGAGCCAUGCACCGCUUAAAAGCUCAGUUUCUAUGGAUCCAAUCCUCAUACGACCAGAUAGUCCCCCUAACAUCAGACAUCAAAGAAGAACUGCAAUGGUGGUUCCUCCACAUGUCUGCGUGGAACGACGCCAAAGCAAUCUUCGGUCCUACUCUAGACUUAAUGGUGGAGUCAGAAGCAAAUCUCUGAGGAUGGGGUACCUCCGGCCCAUCAACUUGCACCGGAGGUCCUUGGACAUCAUCAAAAAAGAGUUGACCACUCAAACUCUCUUAGAUUAGACACCUAGAGAUCUAGACAAUAAAGCAAAUGCAGAACCACCGAAUACACGACAGAACAUAAAGAACCAAGGACUAACCACCAUACCAGGCAGGACCCCGUUAGACCCUCACAUCCCGCACCCCCCACAACUCCCUAACCCUCCGACUAGUUAAUAACCCUCAGUUGCUCCCUAACCUCCUAUAAGGUUUUAGAUAGAGACAACAGCACCAUCUGACUGGAUUUAAACCAAGAUCAUCCAGCAAAACCAAUGUUAACUGCAACAAGAACUGUACUAGAACUAAAGUAGUGGUAGAGGUAUAUGCAUAGGCACAUGAUGUUAUGAAACCCUUACUUGUAACAACUAAAUGCUUCCCUCUUAUUUUCUGUACCCCAUAACCUUGUCUUUACGAAAUAAAGAAAAACUGAAAUAAAAAAAGGAAUAUCUACCAGGAGAGGUGAUUCUCAGAUUGGUUCUCCAGACAUUGGAGAGAUGUCAGCUACUGGCAAUAGCCUGCAGUCUGCGGAUUGGUUUCGGAACACACUUUUAGUCAUUUCUAUUUCCGUCCGACCACUCAUAAUUCACUAGCCUUUUUGUCUUAGCCUUAAAACAGCAAAAUGUGAAGCCUCUUGUCAUGUGAUAAAAUUGUAGAUAAUGCCAGUUUUAGUGUAUCUAUAAUCUUAAUUUUAUUAAUUACAGGAGGCAAAUAUUUUCCCACGUGUUCUUUUCCCCAACCUAGUUUUUAUUUUCCUUUCAGGUAAGUCUUGAGGACAUAAUAAGUAUGUUUUUUCUAUAGCAUUAUUUUUUCUCAUGGUUGUUUCAUUGGAUUACUGUUAACACUGGUUUUUUUAAGUUGGCUUAUAUAGUUGUUUUAUACUUUUUUUACAUUAUUUACUGGUUUUGAUCCAGGUUUACAUGCCUUUAGUAGUCCAAUUCACACGAUUAAUCCUUGUUUUCGACUCUGUUCUCUUGUUUCAGUUUAAAAUUUCCUCCAGAUGCCAAUCUUAGAAUCAUCUCUUCUGGUCUUGGAUUUGUUCCAUUGAUUAUUCUGUUAUUGGCUAUUAUUAUUCCUUAUUGUUUUGCAGCUAGAAAGAGGAGGGGACUGCUGUGCUGGAGAACAGUCUUAUUGAAUGUUUCUUGUUUCUGAUUGGUUCUCUCUGUUGCUAUGUUAAAUUGUGCUGUUGUGGAGCUUAAGUAACGUGAGACUUAAGCAAAAUAUUUGCCUCCUGUCAUUAAUAAAAUUAUAGCUUAUAGUUUUAUAACAAUUAUAGGUACACUAAAGCUAGCAUAAUCUACAAUUUCAAUCAAUAGUUGUCGCUUAUACUAACAUUCCAUUCCUACUAAUAUGUGUGCGCUAUGUGCCCACACUGCCUCCUGAGCAGUAAAGUAUUGUUUACCAAUCAAUUUUCCAUUCAUUUUAGCUCUCUCUGCUGCUCCAACCCUGAAAUUUUUUCCAUCUUACUCAACAUUUAUUUUGGGAGAAACUGUUGUCUUGGAAUGCAUGGCUCCACCUCCAAUUCUUGUUACAUUAUAUCGAAUGUACAAGGAAGGAAAGGAAAUAAUUGAUUCUCCAAAUUCUCCAUCUGGGAAGCUCACUCUCCAUAAUGUCACCAAGGAUGACCAAGGCACAUAUACUUGUAUGUAUUGGAGUGCCAACAGCCUAAGAGAAAUACCAUCUACACAGAGCAGAACACGAGAGCUCCAUGUAAUAGGUGAGGAAGGUUUGUGGGUGUGACUUUAUAACUACAUAAGUUGGUGUUGCGUUAGACAACUCCAGACCAUGGCUGAGAAUAUCUUCAUUGUAAGGUUUCAGCUUCACUGGUUUUCCUUUAGACUUGUCUUGAUUGACCUUAAUGAUUUACCUUAAUGUAUUGGAUUGUUGGGGUUAUCACUAAAACCCAUCCAGAUUCAUACAUGGCUAUUCCGAUUGCAAAAUCUGGACAUUAUUUACACCAUCUAACAAUGUUCAGAUUUCGGCCAGACCAAAAGUUACCCAGUUGCUUCAAAUCCAGACCCAGAUUUUUUUUUAAAUGACAUGAUUAAAAUCACUGUUUGAAGGUCAAUUAUGUGGUAUCUGGUCAGCGCUUGCUAGUUAACUAAAUCAUUAAAAAAGUUUUAAAAAAAUAAAUAAAUCCUAUGAAGUCAAAAACACCCCAUAAAGUUUAAAACCUCCCUUGUCCCCACUUGCCAUGCAGCAGGGGGCAUGUUUGCUAAACCAUUAAAAAUAGGCUGGACAGAGGUGGAGGCCUUAACUGUAAUAUUAAAGAACUGAGGGCCUGUUGUCCUCAGCUUGUCCCCACUCAUUGGCAGUAAGUGGGCGCAAUAUUUAUAACUUAAAUAGGGGACUGACAGAGGACUGACCUUCAUAGGCUAGCCACCAUAUAAUCUACCCUCACAUUGCUGAGGGCUAUUUAAAGGAACACUCCAAACCUCUAAAGCAUAUUAGCUCUUUUUUUCAUUUUACAAGACAUGCAGAUAUCAACAGAAAUUGUCACUUUUAUAAAUGAAUCUGGUAACAUCCCCUGGCUUUGAAGCAGCAAAAAGGUCCUGUUAUUUCCUGAUUUAUUUAGCUCUAUGGAGCUAAACUCAAGAGACAGGCAAUUGUCCAGAGCACCUUCUUUGCAAAGACUUCUAAUUGAGCUGUAUUACAAAGUCUGUGGACAGCAACAGAAUGUCUGAGCUGGGGAAGAAAGGGAGGAUUUGAAAAGGCUUCAGACAAGAGAACUUCAGCAUUUGCAAGCUGUUUUCAUUAAACAAAAAAGUAUAAAUAAAUUCAUGAAUGUGUUAUUGAGGUAUAUCUACUAAAUAGUGAUUUUAUUUUUUAUAUUUGGACAGAGGAGUGUCCCAGCAGGCAAAUUGUACUUACAAUGAUAAUUCACUUGAAUAAAAGCUUGUAAGUUGUUAUGUUAUAUGUUUUAUAUAAUUAUCCCCUAUAAAAACAUAACAAUGUCACACUUUCUGUUUCAGCUCCGUUACUUCCACCUUUGCUGUCUUUAGAUCCUCCAAAUGGUCGGGUUUGGGAUGGGGGAAAUGUGACCCUAAUCUGUACCAUACUUACUCCUGAGGAAAGCACCUUGUAUGAUUUUCACUUUCUGAAUGAAAAGCAGGAAAUGAGUGUGUUCGCAAACAAAACAGAGACGAGAAAGACUUUAACCAUUAUGGUUUGGAGAAGUAAUAACACUUCUGAGUCCAAGUACUUUUGUCAGUACACCGCAAACAUCAAAGGGCGUUUGAUACUCUCACCGAAAAGUUCACAUGCUGAAAUAACUGUGACAAGUAUGUAGCAUGUACUGUAGUCUUAUGUUUGUUUAUUUGCUUCUCAUUACCAAGUUUGAGAGUAGCAGUUAGGCACUUAAAUAUUUAAGAAUUGAUCAGCUUGCAAUAUUCCUGUGCAAGACAACCACAGUAUAAAGCAAUGUAUCAUAAAAGAAACUGAUGGAUGUUGAAGGCAUGAAGAUAAAUGGUCCAAUUUGACUAGUUUGACUAUGUAUAAAGGAAGCUGUCAUUUUGAGGGAAGAGACAUUUUGAGGGAACAAGAAAUAAAUGGCAUUUGGCAGAAACCUAGAAGAUAUAGUUAGUAAUAUUACUAUUCCAGCAUCUCCCUAAUUGUCUAAUUGUUUAAUUUUUGUGUUUACUCCUUAGCUGGCUCAGUGCUCUGGAUUAUCGUGGUUGGUAUUGUUGCUGGGAUUGUUGUACUGAUAAUAAUGAUUGUUCUUCUCUGCUGGGUUUUGACUGGCACGAAAGGUAAGAUCUAUAUAUAUAUAUAUAUGACUACCAUAGUUUUCUUGGCACAUAUUUCAUCCUGCUGUUGAUUGAUAAAUGAAAAAUGUGUGUAUAUAUGUAUGUGUAAUGUUUAGCAUUUGAGAGUUUUGCUCUCUUCUGAAGAAUAACGUGAGGAAGUUGGGAAAACUUUUAACUCCUUUAUGUGGUUACAGAGUACUAUGCUGUCCUGUACUUUGUAGGCUUAAGAGCGUCAAAGUACACCUUAACAGUUUGCAGCUCCUGCCACAAAUCAGCAAGGCCUUCUGCAGCAAAUCUAGCCCUUCUGGGUAAUGUGCUGGUGAUCACAUGGCCAGAUCAGAAGUUUGAAUUAUUCCUCGGUUGUCAGAUACUCCCCCAAACUGGAAAAUAAAGUAAAAUACUAUACAUAGAAAAAAAUAAAAAUGAUAUAUGUGUAAUUUCAUUCUACCUGUAUUUUGAUAUUAAUGUAUUGUGUAUAUGUGUGUGUGUGUGUAUAUAUAUAUAUAUGUAUAUAUAUAUAUAUGUAUAUAUAUAUAUAUGUAUAUAUAUAUAUAUAUAUAUAUAUAUAUAUAUAUAUAUAUAACAGCAGGGAUAGUCAACCUGGUCCCUACUGCACACUAGUGGUAGUUUGGGAUUUCAGGCGGACAGUGGUGGGUUCUGUAGAAAAUGGCUGGUGGGCCUCGAUGGCCAUUGGGCAAGGCUGGCAGGCUUUAUCUCCCCUGCCAGCCCAUGCAGAGCCAGCCUUGCUGUGAGCCCUCUCGGGCUGUUGAGGAGAUCAAAGAUCUCCCUCACCGGCAGGCUGAUAUUUAGUUCCAGCAGAGGAAGCGAAGGGCCUGUGAGGCUUUGUGUACCUCCUGCGAGCAGGCUGGUUGGAGCACUGUCUCGUAUUACCAUGGCAGUGCUCUUAUUUAGUGCUGCACAUGCAGGAGAGUCAGCCUGCAACCGGAGAAGUUUCAGGCUAAUGUGAACAUGUCACCACUGGACCACCAGGGCUUGCAGCACUAUGUUCCUCCUCCCUGGUAAAAGGUAAGAAGAAGGGAGGGUGACACAUUAAGAUAGGUUUUCAAAUCUCACCCACCUACACACAGCAUAGACCCUAUUCAACCCUCACACACUACACUUUUCACACACAGUACACCCCUCACACACACUGCCCCCAUACACAAUCCACCCCUAACACACACUGGCCUCUCACACACACAGAGCACCCCUUGCCCACACACAUCACCUCUAACACACACACACAGCACCUUUCAUGCACACACUGUCCCCCUCACACACGCACACUGCCCCCUCUCCCACACACACACACAUACAGCAUCCCUUCACACAUACAGCACCACUCACACACACAACAUUUCGCACACAAACAUCACCCUUUACUCACACACCGCACACUUCAUUCGCCCACACUGCACUCAUUACACACAUAGCACCCUCCACACACACAAAUCACACAGACACAUUGCCCCCUCACACACACAGCAUUCUUCAUGCACACACUACCCCCACGCACGCAAACACUUCCCCCCUCACACAUGCACACUCCCCCCUCACACACACAGCACCAAUCACACAUAUCAGUUACCUACCUACCUUAUCCUAUCACCCUCCUUUCCCUCUGAUGUAUGUCAAAGGGUAUAGCAUUCUGCUUUCUGUCUAACUUUGUAUGUUCACCUUUGACUUGUUACUCGGAUUUUACCUCACUUAGACAAGUAGGCUGCGUCAUACCCUAUUCUAUCUAGCUGGCCUAUCCAUCCCUGUGCUCUGGUGGGGAAAAUCAGGUCCUUAUCAAUAUAGGAAAUGUUUGUCAGUGUACUAUUGUCUAUAUGUUGGUGAUCAGGGAGGAUGUCCCGCUACAUGUGACCUUUGCCAAGUCUGCUUCUACGCUUUCAUGUUCUGUUGGUAUGUGUGAUGUUCUGUUGUGUUAAUGAAGUGUGUGUGUUGUGUCUUGUCCCUUGCUGGUGGUUCGGUGUGUGAGCACCCGUGUUGUGCCUUACAUUAUCCAUGUCAGGGUUCCUUUUGUGUGUCUAGGUAAGGUUGGGGUGGGAGGGGGCGGGGUGAAUGAGGUGAGGUGGGGUGGUCCGCACUACGAGGGGCCCGCACCCGUUUUCGCGCCUACCCCGGGUCCGGGGGUAUCCCCCCCGUGAGUAUCGAGCGAUGUACAUGAACCACGGUCUCCAUAAUUCUACAUGCUUGAGUUCCCUUCCCGUCAGGGAGGCAUGGAGUGCCUCCGCACUCUGUAUGUCUUCCACCCGUUGUAUCCACUCCGUCUUCGUCGGGAUGUUUUUUUUUUUUUUUUACAGUUAGCCGGGAUGGACGCCUUGGCUGCGUUCAGUAAGUGUCGAAUGAUUGAUUGUUUUAUAGUUCGAGAUUGUUUGCUGAGAGAUGUGCAAUAGGGCUAGUUCUGCUGACCAGUCCGGACUAUCUCCCAGCACCAGGGUCACCUCUGUUUUCACCAUGUCCCAGUACGGGAGUAUGUCUCGGCAUUCCCACCACAGGUGUAUCAGUGUGCCUCUUUCCUCCUGACAUCUCCAACACGUCGGUGGUGCCAUCGGGAAUAUUCAAUGGAUCACAGUAGGCGUUCUAUACCAAGAUGAAAUCAGUUUGUAGCCGACCUCUUGGUAGUAGGAGCUCAUGGAGCUUUAGGAGCUCAUGGAGCUCUUGAAGGUGGCCACGGCUGUCUGGUCAUUCAUGAUUAGUUGCUGGUAUAUUGCGGAAACCGCAUGCUCUACUGUGGUGCCUCGUUUGCACAAGCCCUCGAACCAUGUCAGUUCCCUAUGUAGACAUUCUCUGUGUGUAAGCGUUGUGUAAUAGUGUUUCAGCUGCAUAUGUCUGAGGGUGGUCAUGAGGGUCCAUGGUUUCACCUCCAGGAGUGUGUCCAGAUCUCGAAGUCCGUUGGUGCUUAGGGCCCGGUAUAUGGGUAUAUAGUCCCCUUCACCCAGGAAUCCCCACGCUCUGGCCGGCAGACCGCCCCCAAUUUUGCUGUUAAGCAUCACCAGGAGGAGUGGGCUAGGUGUAGGUAAUAUGUGGAAAAGCCAUCCGGUCACAGGGAUUGGCCGGUUUUGGCGCCCUUUAGGGCGAAGGCUAGCUCCUCCGUGCUAAUAGGUGCGUCAAGGGCCGCAGCUGAGUUGGAAUCGACUACCUCCGUGAUGUUGGUGUUGAGGUAGUCGGUCAGCAGGGUCUGGUUGUGCUGCCUUCAUUCGUGGUUGAAGGUUGUACAGGGAUUGGUAGAAGUUUUUCAAUUCAUCUGCUAGGGAGAGACCGCGCCCGAUGUAAGGCGUAAGCUGCGGAUUUGUGUUCGUGGACUAAUGCCCUUGAGGAGUCAGGCUAGGUACUUACCCCCCUUGUUGGCAUGGGCGUAAAAGAAGCCCCUCGUGCUCUGUAGAGUACAAAGGUGCCUCCUCACUAUGAGGUCUCUCAAUGCUCGUCUGGCCGCCAUCAGCUCACCGUAGAUUGCGUUGAGGUGAUGCAGUUUGUGUUGUAACUCUAGAAUUGAUAUGGUCUCAUAAAGUUUUGCCAUUUUUCGGGUGGCCGCUUUUUUUUCUGAGACGCUAUCCGGAUGAGCGUACCGCGGAUUACACUCUUGUGAGCUUCCCACAGAGUUAUGGGGGACGUUCCUUCCUUGUCAUUUUUGCUGAAGUAGAGGUCCAGGGCUUUUCCAAUUUGUUCCCUGUUUACCGGGUCUAGGAGCAGCGCUUCAUUCAGUCGCCAGGUCCAAGUGGAGGGGCGGAACAGAGGUGACUCUAAGUCUAUCCUAACUGGGCUGUGGUCUGACCAGGUUGCCGGUUCGAUGGUUGCUUUGAUUAGGCAGGAGAGGCCCUCUUGUUUGACAAAGAGGUAGUCAAUUUGUGCGUAAUGGUCGUGGAGAGCAGAGUAAUGUGUAAAAUAUUUACUGGAUGGGUCGACCAGGCCCAGAUUAUUCAAGGAGUUCUGAAUGGAUCGAAUGUUGCAUCGCGGUAUACAGCUAUGGCCUGAGGACGAGUCCAGUGUCGGGUCCAAGGGGGGUUGAAGUCCCCCCCUACCAACAAUGUGCCUUCCGUGAAGUCUCGUAAUUUGGUCAGUGUUCCUUUCAGGAAUGUGGCUUGGUGUCUAUUGGUGACAUAGAUCGUAGCAAAUGUGUAUAUUUUAUCCGCCAUAAUGCCCUUCAGGAAGAGGAAACACCACUGUGCGUCUUGGUGUCCUAUCCCCUGCUGUAGUAACAUUCCACCUGUGGUGUUCAGGUGUUAGAAUUGUGUGGCUAUUAUCGUAGGUAUGCUAACAUGUUGCAAUACAAUACCGGUGUAUAGCACAUUCUGAGGUCAAACCGUGUGGGGUAGUAGGGGACGAGGCCCGAUGGAGGUCUUUGGGUCCUCCCUGCUCGUCCUGUGAACAGUGGCCAUGAGUUCCAAAGCGUUCAGAGAGAGUUCGGGGAUUGAUGUUGCACAUGUAGGGGGAUACCCGGUUUGCUCUUCACGUGUGUUGUAGUGUUGCCGUAUCAACACACGACAACGCUCUGAUCAGCAUUCUCUUGGGAGGAACUUCCUCCCAGCUCCCUCCUCCCUCUAUCAUGGACGAACGGCCUCUAGGUCCGGAAAGGAAGAUCAUUGAUCUCCUCACCGGUCCAAAAGGAACUGAGCAGGACCGGCUCUCCAAGGAUCUCCCCUGUCGGCCACCGGCACAUGGGCAAUGCUGUGGGGCCCCGAUACUUGUGAGGCCUCCGGGCAAGUGCCCAGGCAAGUUCAAUGCGAUGGCGGCGCAGCUCAGGGGAUACUACAUUUUCCUGGAAUGAGGGUGUCUGGGACCUAGGACAGACUUUCAAAAUGUCGGACUGUUCCGGGCAAUCCGGGACACUUGGGCAUCCUCACACACACUGCCCCCUCACACACACUUCACCAUUAAUAACUAAAAAUAAUAACUUAAAAAACAAGUGUAAAGUCAGAGUCCACACUCCUUCCUUUCGGCAAUUCAAUAAUAUUUAUUUAUUAAGAGGCUAAUCAAACAAAUAAACAAUACAUAUACAUUUAUAGGCUAGUAUAUGUUGCUACCAAAAUUAAUCAUUGAUUAAAUGAAAAGUGAAACAGGCAUAGACAUGUGAUACAGUUAACAUUCCAUUGAUCAUCAGCUGAGAGUAAGACAGUAUGUAUAGUGGGGAAAGGGAAUAGAGAGAGAGGUAAGGAGAGGGAAAUUCAAAAAGAGAGAUAAUGUGCUAUUCACAGGGCUUUCAACAGGUUAGUCCUUCCUUCUGCUGGACACACCUCUCCCAGCCAAUUCCUAUGGAUCUAAUAGAACAAGAGUUCCUCUUGGGGUAAGUGAGAUUGCACUGGAAGGGAAUGGAGGAGGAGUUUAUCAACAAUCCAACUGGUUUUGCCUGGUGAAAGGCCAUGUGCUUCACAGAGGACUUCAUUAUUGUGCCAAGGGAUAGAAUGGGACUUAAAUUCCUGUAUUAGAACACCAUAACACUUCAUUGGCAUACAGUGUAGUUGUUAAUCAGUCCACCCACUUAUUACAAACACAGCACCCUUCACACACACACACAGCACCUCACUGACACAUAUUAAAAAAAAAAGUAGAAUAGAAAAUGGAAAAAAAGGAAAACAUUUGAUAAAUAAGUAUAUAUUAAAAAAAACACCUUUCUAAUAAAUAAAUAAAAAUAAAUACAAAUCGUACUUGCGUUAUAAAAUUAAUUACUGCAGCACUGGUGGGCAGUAAAGGGAAUUUUGCCAUAAACAAAGAUACAAAAGUGGGCGGUAAGUAUUAAAAGGUUGACUACACCUGGUGUACAGGAAUGAGACAUCUGAGAUCUCUGUCCAGAAGAAGAUACUGCAUAGAUAGAUAGAUAAUCUCAAAAUACUCUUAGAAUUAAAUUAUAUUUUAUUAUAUAUAUUUGCAUAAUUAUAUGAUUCUAUUAAUUGUAAUUUGAGGGACCUGUCUGUCAACCCAAAAUUAAAGUGCAGCCCCUGUAUUUAACCUGUGUAUAACUUUCCAAACAAGAAAACCUUUACAUGAGGAGUCUGUUGUACUAGGAAAACUUCACUGAACACAAAUUAGUGUUUCAAAACAGUAAAACGUAUUAUGUUGAUGAUAUCAUCAGCAAAAAAUGCAGUUUGUGACUAAGUUGAUACUAAAAGAGACUGGAUAUUCCCCAUUUUGAAUACCAUGGUUUGUCUACUUUUUCAAAUGUUAUGCCCUGAUGGGGUUAAUUUUAUUCCUGGGCUACCAUGCAGUCUUAAAGGCAACAUAGUCUCAGCAAACCAAUCUGUCAAAUUUCAAUGUGUAUAAACUGGAGAGGGAAAAGCCCUAUAUAUGCUCCUGCAAGUUUCCAAAACCUCAUUAAACCGUACAUGUGGGUACUGUUGUACUCAUGAGACAUCACUGAACACAAAUAUGUAUAUUUUAUUGCAGUAAAAGCUAACAGUAUUAUGACAUUCAAAGUUCAAAUGCCAUGUAGAACUAAGAAAAUAGCAAAAUGUCUUAAAGGAACACUAUAGGGUCAGGAAUACAAAUGUGUAUUCCUGACCCUAUAGUGUAAAAAAACAAAACAUCUAGCCUCCUGUCCCCCCCCCCCCUUAUCCCUCUAAACAUAGUAAUAUCUUACAUUUAUUCCAGUCUGCUGCUGCUGCUGGCUCUGCCCCUGAUCUUCCUGCUUAGCUGACUUAAUCAGUAGUGAUGAUCUGAGACAAUCACAAUGCUUUCUAAUUGGGUUGGCUGAGACUGCCAAGAAGGCAGAUCAGGGGCAGAGCCAGCACAAGCCAAACACAGCUCUGGCCAAUCAGCAUCACCUCAUAGAGGUGCAUUGAAUCAAUGAAUCUCUAUGAGGAAAGUCCAACACUGCUCCAGGAAGCACCUCUAGUAGUCAUCUGAGGAGUGGGCAGUGGCAGUAUCCCUAUGCUGUAAUUAAAACACUGCAUGAGCUCUGAAAGAACUGUGUUUACUACAAAAAGCCUGAAGGGACUGAUUAUACUCACCUGAACAAAUAAGUUGUAGUUGUUCUGGUAACCCUAUCCCUAUGUCCCUAUAAUUUCUCAAUUUUUUUUAGAUGUUAUCUAUUAUAUUUUAUGAGAUUAUAUAUAUAUAUAUAUAUAUAUAUAUAUAUAUAUAUAUAUAUAUAUAUAUAUAUAUAUACACACACACACACACACACACACAUACACACACACAUACAUAUAUAUAUAUAUAUAUAUAUAUAUAUAUAUAUAUAUAUAUAUAUAUAUAUAUAUAUAUAUAUAUAUAUAUAUAUAUAUUGCAUCAGGUUACCCUACUAUGCAAUAUUAUGUCUCUUUAUUUCAGAAUUUCUGAGAAUUGGGUAUAGAGGCAACAAUUUACAAAAAUGAAUGCCGCUAUAAAGACACCAUAAGAGACCACACUUAAGCUGCUUGGAACACUUAGUUCCCAGUUAUUUCUAUUAGCUUGUCUAUAAUUUGCAAUAAGGUGGAUGCACAAUAGCUAUGGCUCUUUAUCUUCUCCCAAAGUGCACAUGGAUGUUCCAAGGCUCAGCCAAUGAUAACAUACAGCCUGAUUUACUAAAAUGUGACUGGACUGUGUAUACACAGUGUGUGUCUGCUAUCAGUUUAGAAAACAAUUCUAACAAUACUAUGUGAUGACUUGCUCUUUGAGGAUAAAUGACAUUUCCUAUAAAUCCCUGCUGGACAGGAAAUUAUUGAAUAAGAUGUGUCCCAUAGACCAGAAUGAGAAACCGUUGAUUUGAGCAUUUCAUCCUGGCGUGGUAGGGGUCAGACCCACUAAAUAUUUGAUUCUUUUUAUUAAUUUUUUUGUCAGCAUUUUCUAUAUUUAUAUAAUGAAAACCACUGCCGAAAAAGGUGGCACUAUAUAAGUUCUGCUACUACUGCUACUAAUAAUAUAAAAUAUAGCAUUACUUUUUUUUAGUUUCACACAUGAUUAUAACUAUGUACCCUAUUCUCUUUUUCUGAAUGUUUGAUUAUGAUCCUCUAUUAUAUACCUUCAAUAUGCCAAAGUGAUCUCUGCUGAUUAUGCUUUUUACUUGUGAUUUUACAGGCUCAUCUAAAAAUGACACCGAGUCCAAACCUUCUUCUGAAGUGAGUACACUGAUGCACUUUCCAUAUUUAUGUAUUACAACUAGGGUUGGCAAGUCCCAGUCUUCAUGGUUUAGGGUAGUCUAGGAUGACACACGAAAUGUGUUUCCCUGCAGUAUAUAUAAUUCAUGUGCUGCAGUAGGAAAAUCAAUGAAAUUAUUAAUGAACUGUCCAAAAGGAUGCAUACUUACUUAAUUUAUCAUGCAUCUUACAUGCACAUAUAGCCCCUAUCCUCAAAACACUACAGAGCCAGUUUCCUGCCACACACAUACUGCAUUCCCUACCCUUCCACCUCCUAGGAUCCCCUACACACAUUGCACCCCCUAUUUUGCCAUCACAUAUACACUAUCCGCACGCACAACAACACACACACACGUACUACAGCUCAUAUUUCCCCCACAAAUAAACCACAAUUCCUGUCUGCACACAUACACUGCAACCACUAAUUAUGCAGUCACAUGGUCUACAUCCCUUAUUUCUAUCCCACACACAAUACAGCCAAUACCUCCUAACACACACUACAGCCUCUCUCGCCUCCCACACACAGUACUUAUGCACAGCAAGUAUUUUACUAAAUGAAUUUGCAUUGUGCAUAACAAACAUGCAUCUUCCCCAUACAAAAGCUUUUUAGCAGGACUCUGUGUAUGGGCUAUUCUGGAGGGGCACUAAAUUGUCAUAAUCAUUAUGGGGGCAUGAAUAUGAUGGAAAUGUGUCUCCUUUCUUACAUGCCCCAUCCAGGGAUAUGAUAGUAUUAUACAAAUAUAUAAUGCUUUCAACACAAACCAUUGUCUUGAAAAAUCUAUUCAUAAACAGGACUAUGCAUAGGACACAAAUUCACCCAUUUAGACUGAAAGAAAGGAGAUUUAGUCUGAGGCAAAGGAAAGGUUUUUUUCACAAUACGAACAAUAGGGAUGUGGAAUUCUCUGCUUUUAUAAGUCUCUUUACAAAUGUUUGAACCGCAACUGGAUGAAUACUUGCAAUAUUCAUGAAUAUGUUUAAAAUGUGAAGUAACUUAACAUCCUAUUAAUACAUUGAGAUAUCUAACUACCAUUCUGGGGUUAAAAAAUAUUUUUUCCCCUAGUUUGUUGCAAAAUUGAAAAGUUCUUCAAACUGUUUUUUUUGCCUCUUUUGGAUCAAUAGAGAAACAGAUGUGAGAAAGGCUGAACUUGAUGGAUAGAAAUAUCUUUUUACCUUAUGUAACUAUGUAACUAUUCAGCUGAUCUACCUUUAAAUGCCUAGUCUGAAUUUAUUGUACCAUUCUAGUCCUGCAGAGAAAAGUUUUAAUGGCUUUGUUCAACGGAGAUAGACGGUUUAGUAUAUGAGUGGGAUUAAUGCACAAAAUCUUCAGAGUAAAGAAAAAUUAAGGAGAAAAAUAAGAGAGUGGGAGAAAUGUUUAUGUUUGUUUAUAUGUUUGUUUAUAUGUUUGGCUUGACUUCUUAUAAAUAAGCAAAAUGAAUAACAAAAAAAAAAAAAAAAUAUUUCAUAAAACAGAAUUAGAGCCCACUUAUUUUCUUUUCAGAUAUAACAGUUUUGAGCACAUUUUCUUAUUAUCUUACCUUGAAACUUUUGUAUCUGAAAGAAGUGGUUGUUGUUACCAAAUUCUAUACUUUUAAAGGACCACUCUAGGCACCCAGACCACUUCAGCUUAAUGAAGUGGUCUGGGUGCCAGGUCCAGCUAGGCACCCAGGACCAAGACUUCGUAUGUUUAUUAAUGGGUUAAGCCUUCCCCCAAAGCCUCUAGUGGCUGUCUCAUUGACAGCCACUAGAGGCGCUUGCGUGCUUCUCACUGUGAUUUUCACAGUGAGAGCACGCCAGCGUCCGUAGGAAAGCAUUGUAAAUGCUUUCCUAUGCGACCGGGUGAAUGCGCGCGCAGCUCUUGCCGCGCCUGCGCAUUCAGCCGACGGGGCGGAACGGAGGAGGAGAGAAGGAUGAGAGCUCCCUGCCCAGCGCUGGAAAAACCCCUUUCCCCUUUCCAGAGCUGGGCGGGAGGGGGAUCCUGAGAGUGGGGGCACCCUCAGGGCACUAUAGUGCCAGGAAAACGAGUAUGUUUUCCUGGCACUAUAGUGGUCCUUUAAUUAAAGUGACUUUAAACAUCAUAAACACAUGCCAUAUACAUUACAGACAGUUAUUUAUAUUUAUUUUUCCUCUUUAGGAUGCUGACAAGUUCACCUCCCUGAGAACUCAAGAUGAUUGCUGAAAUGAAUGUACUUCAAAAAUGUGCAUGUUCAAAAAAUAAUGUCUGGACAUUGAAUAAAACAUUUGUUGAUUUUAAAAGUAUACAUUUUUAACUAUCAAUCAUCAACUUUAACCCAUCUUUCCA